AUGAGACUGCAGUCCCUGAUUCCUGUGUUCCUCUUCUUUGUGGCUAUAAUGCCAAAAGCAAGGGCUGGCAUUAUCCCGGGGCUCAAACAGUGUGUCCUUCUGAAAGGGGUGUGCAAGGACGGAGGCUGCACCUCCACGGACAGCACCAUCGGGGUGUGCAAUGAUGAGAAGAAGUGCUGUCGGCGGUGGUGGGUGCUGUGGCCCUACCCAACGCCGGCUCCCAAGUCAAAGUCUCCUUAG